AUGCUUGCCUCCCUCCUUCGCCCAAAGAAACGGCGAGUGUACGCGGAGCGCUCUCCAUUCUCAUCGCCAGACACAUCUCGACAGUCACCAUGGCCUUUCGUUCAGCGUGGUGCCGAAGCACGGUAUAACGAAAAUGUCGAGGGAGGCUACGAGGAGACAGAAGAUGCAGAGAAUGGAGGCGACGAUGCCGAUAGUGAGGAAGAAGAUGGUCCUCUCGAGUCCACCCCUCUGCUUCCUAUAUUUUCCUCCUCUCACCUAGAUUCUCUUCCCGUUUAUGACGUUACACAUGCGAUUAGAUCGCUAAUCAUCUCCCGCUGCGAAACCACAUUGUCUUGGGAUCAAUUGCGUUCUCCUCAGAUUUCUCAGUUCCUGGUGAAGCCUAUCCAGCAAAAGAUAAGAGCAUUCCACUUUUCGCGGGCCACAUUGUACGCCUUGAUGACAAACUGCUUGCAGUUUAACAAGGAAGUUCACCUCAAUCCAGGCAAUAGUGGUACGAGCCAAACCAGGGCUAUAGUGAGCGAGCUUCUGGCGGUUAAGUUAUUAAGAGAAUAUGCCACAAGAGAGCUGAUCGACGCUUUAUCUUAUGAAUUCUACCCACUCCAAGGCCUUGCUUCGACUAGUUCCGAGGCCUCUCAUUGGGCUGCAGGCAGGUAUGCCUCGCAAGGGAGUAAAGGGGUUGCUGGGGUUGCCCGUAUCUCUUGUCUUGAGAUAGCUAUCCGUGCCCAAGCAAAGCGGUUCUUAUCCCAUCCUCUUGUAGUACAGCAGUUAGAAGCAAUAUGGGCAGGAACCGUUGUCUUUCACUCCGCUGCCGAUCAUCUCCAUCGUUCAUCAGCCCAAGUCCGUCACAGCGAAGGCACGAUAUUCAACGCUGCAUCUAACACGCGUGCUACUCAAUCUAACCCCAGGGGAUCCGCAUUGCGCCGCUCAGUUACGUUAUAUGACCCGAGGGAUGCCUCCUUGUUCAAGCUCUCUAGGUUGAGAGUGCCUCGGUAUCGACAGUUCCUUUCAACGUUGUCAUUUGCCGUUCUGCUACUCUUGUUUCUGGCAGUCUUGCAGGAACGCCGCGUCGAGAUAACUCCCCUAGAAGUUGUCUUCUGGUUCUGGAGUGCAGGUUUCCUGCUUGAUGAGGUUGUUGGCUUCAACGAACAGGGAUUCAGUUUGUACCUUAUGAGCUUCUGGAAUCUGUUCGACCUAGGGAUUUUGUUUCUUCUAUUUUGCUACUACUGCUUGCGUCUAUAUGGUGUUAUCCUACCAUACACCCGCAAAUCAGCAGCUGCAAACCAAGCAUACGAUAUCCUGGCCGCAAAUGCCGUUCUUUUAUUCCCUCGACUGUUCUCUAUUCUAGACCACUACCGUUACUUCUCACAGCUGCUCAUCGCAUUCAGAAUAAUGGCAUCUGACCUAGUUGCUGUCUUCUUCUUAAUCAUCGUGGCCUGUAGUGGCUUUUUUGUGGCCUUCACACUGUCCUUUGGCAAUGGUGAAAACCAUUCUCCUGGAUCCGUCGCAUAUGCUUUAUUCCAGAUGCUUAUGGGUUUUACUCCAACCGCAUGGAGUCUCUGGGAUGAAUACAACACGCUGGGAAAGGCCAUUCUGACAAUUUUCCUGUUCAUUUGUCAUUUCGUUGUCGUCACGAUUCUCAUUACUGUUCUCACCAAUUCGUUUAUGGCAAUCGUGCAGAAUGCCAACCAGGAACACCAGUUCUUAUUUGCAGUCAACACAAUCUCCAUGGUCAAGUCGGAUGCCCUUUUCUCCUACGUGGCACCGACCAAUAUUCUUGCCUGGCUAGUUGCUCCGCUCCGCUACAUCAUGCCUUUCCGGGAUUUCGUACGGAUUAAUCGCACGGUUAUCAAGGUCACUCAUCUACCAAUUCUCUUUACUAUCUGUUUCUACGAAAAGACAAUACUCAGAUCUAGAGUUUUCGAGCCUACAGAUUUGAUGGAUCCACAAAUACGUUCCGAAGGCCCUAGUCGUUUGCGCCCUCGCCAAAGUCGUUUCAGGGCUUUCAGUUCAAAGGCACCAGGACUUGUCCGAGAGCCGUCUGUCGCAACGUAUCAGAAGGACCGUGCUUUGGAGGAGGUAUUCCGACGGCUAUCCCACGAGGGAACAAAUAGACGCCCUGUUCGAGAGUUUGACCAGAGAGCAAGCACGCAUCUUGUGAAAAAUUGGAUGCAAGCCAUGGGAUCCGACCUUGUCAACCCCCCUGACGAGCAAGAUUCGGAUGAGGUGGACCGGCUAGAGAGAUUACCUCGCAAAUUGCAACACCCACUCAGGAAGAGGCUUACCCGAAGCCUCCGCGACUUCACAGAAUCCAAUCGAUCUGCUGUAUCAAACCCAGAAGAGUAUGGUGUGCAUGCUGUAUCCUCCCCCGCAACACCUCGCCGUACCCGAAGAUUCUUGACCUCCACGAGAACAAGACAACUUUCGCGGCAUACUGGCAUGGAGGGUGAUGAUGAGCUCACGAGCGACGAGAACGGAUGGGUGGAUGAGCAACGAUCAAAUGGUGAUAAUACAAUAUCCCAGGUCAGUGAUUCACAAAAAGACGAGACAAGUCCUGGCAAAUCAACGCCGAAAUUCUACAGUUCUCGGCCGUCGACGGCAAGGAUCAAAUCAUGGAAAGCUAGCCCGAAUCGGCGCGCCAAACACCAUUCGCGGAAUUAUUCAGUCGCUACUAUUCUGUACAACCCAGUCCUGACAGACAACAAUGACGAAGGGGCCAGCGCCUCGUCAAUCCCUCUAAGGCCCAGAGCCAAGACUCCCGAUGGUGGCGUGAGGGCUUUUUCAACCUCUGUUGACAAAUGGACACCGAGAAGACAUAGUAUGGACACCGGCGGAAGUCGAAUCGCCGCCAUAACCCGGUCUAGCCCUAUGUCAGUGCCUGAUUUUGGCAGCGUCUUGGUUCCAAGUCGUGGGUAUAGAAAACGCCAUCGAACAUCCGUCCUAGAGGGACUGGGUUCCGACCUGGGAGAUAACAAGGCGAUUGCGAAUGGUUUUAUUGGAGGUGUGCCUUCGAGCUUGACAACACAGAUUGCCUAUGCGACGGGUGGCAUGCGCCGGGUAGACAGCUCACAUAGUAGUCAGGACCUGCUCAGCAAGCUUGUGCUUGCGCGCAUGAAUAACAUCGAAGAAGGAUUCCGCGAAGUGAUCAAAGAAGUGAAAGAUCUCCGACGGGGAGGGACUAGCCGAGGCCAGAGGCGCGUUGAGCGAAAAGAAAUGAAAAAGAAACCCCAUGUGUCGCGGAACAACAACAAUAUCAGCGGCGAAGAACGGUGGUCAGAUGGUCCAUCUAGCGAGUCACAACUACCAGAUACACAACAGGUCCAUGUCAGCUUUACCACUUUGCAGAGAGACAAUUCCACAUCGUAUCCACAGCCAAGGCCUUUGGACACAUGUUCCUCUUACUUCAAAAACCUCUUCCAGCCAAAGACCCGAAGACGUGUCAUCGUGAAUCGCAAACUACAGGGAAAGCUCCCUUGUGAGAUCAAAUAUGUUCUUGAUCUCACACCACCAUUGAUGGAUGAAGAUGGUAUUGUGUUUGUUACGGAGCUGUGCUGCCCUCGUGGCAUUAGAGAGUGGUCACAAUUGCAGGGGCCGUGGAAUUUACCCUCGCUUCUUGUUGGAGGGCUAGAUGAUACUGAUGAGUCCGGACUUCCGCUGGAGUACUCUACAACUCGUCACCGCAAAGGCAUUGAGCACAUAUUACAGGCCCUGGGAGGUUUUGGCCCGCAGAUCGAUACUCCUUGCAAGCUCUGGACGUUUGUUGCAUUGGCUCGAUACGCUUAUGGUACAAUGCGCUUCGCAGCACGUCUAUUCAGCAGAACUUUCUGGAUGAAUCUUGUCAAAGCUGUGUUCCUUGAUUCAUUUGUCUUGAACGAUAUUUCUUGCAUCGCUGACUUGGACGACCAACUACCAGGCUUCCAAAGCCAGAAAAGCGCGUCAGUUAGAUCUGUUACAUUAGAAGAAGUGAAACAGAAUAUCGAAAAUCUCAACCAAUUAAUCGAUAGCAUCACCCCGACCUCUAUAAUGACAGGCAAUCAAGUUGAUUCAAACAACAAUCCCGUCAUUUUGACUAAUGGUGGCAAGGUGGAUGCCGGCUUACUGGUCACCGAGAUUCAGAAAAACAUGUCUACGGCUCUAACUCUAAGCGCAACUCCCGGUGGGCGUGAUAUAUCCUUAUGUGUGCCUAGUGACAAAAGUAACAAUGACGUAUGUGAUUCCACGUACGAAAACAUCUUCACAGACGGAAUUUAG